AUGGUUUCAUUCAAAUUUAUUCUAUCGCUUGGUCUGCUAGGUAGCACGAUCACCAGUGCCUUCCCGACGCUAGGGCGGACCCCGGGCUGCGGAGAGAUAGACAUCUUCAUGACUGGCUUACCUGCAUCUCAUCCACUCGUCAAAGCCCAAGGGUUCGAUCCAAUAUUCGUCAACAAGUCUCUCACAGCAGACGCUGCCGAGGUCGUCAAGGCCGGCUAUAAUCUGCGAGGUAAGAAUCCAAACCCCCGAACCUUCUCUGACUCUCAAAGCCUGCGGUCACCUAACGCAGGAAUUUUCCAUUUAGUGGUUCUCAUGGGCCCCGAACAGCCCAUCAGCAUUCUAGGAGACCAACUCAAUGGCAUCAACUGGGACGGCACAGGCGUUGGUUUCGGUGUACGAGGCUCUCCCCUACAGAACCUGACUGUGCGCCUCGAAGACAUCCUUCAAACAUACCGCGAAAAAGCCUGGCGUGCACCAAUUCUAUUCAACCACUCGCCGACCUCCUCGCUGUGGGCGAUCCAGAGACACUUCCCCCUGUCGAGCAACUGCACCAACUCGCCGGGCAAGGAUCUUGGCCUCAGCAUCAUCUGCGAUAUCUGUGAUUAA